AUGGGGGGCGGGAAGGACAGCCACGAUCCCUCGAACGCGGACAAGGGAUUCCACGGAGGGUACCCGGGUGGAUACGGCCAGUACCCCGCCGGCUACCCAGCUCCUCCACCGGGCGGCGCAUACCCUCCCGGCCCCGGACAAGGGUAUCCGGUGCCACCUGGUGGGUACCAGCCUCCGGGUGGCUACCCUCAACCUGGCGGGUAUCCGCCGUCGCACGGUGCGUACCCUCCGGGUGCAGGCGCCUAUCCUCCCAGCGGAUACCCCCAUCAGCCGGUCUACCCACAGGCUGGUUAUCCUGGUCACGGUCCACCGAUGGCUGGUCAUGGUGCUAUGUAUGGAGGAGGCCACGGUGCAGGGGGUUCUGGAGGCUUCGGGGCGAUGUUGGCCGGAGGUGCCGCCGCCGCAGCGGCGGCGUAUGGAGCUCACAAGGUGUCCCACGGAGGCGGCCACGGGAUGUAUGGCCACGGCAAGUUCAAGCAUGGCAAGUUCAAGCACGGCAAGUUUGGCAAGCACAAGAACAAGAAGAUGUUCGGCCGCAAGUGGAAGUGA